AUGGGGAGCUCAGCCUCAUCCCUCACCGCUGAGACCGAGUCGGACCAUGGCUUUCGCAGCACCCCCUACCCGUCCUCGCCCCCCGUGGGCUGGCUUAGGAACAGCCACAGCAGUCCGGUGUGGGGUACGACCUUUAUCACACGGCAGCAGCAGCCCCCUCUGCCUCACCGAGAGCGCAGCCAUUCUCACUCCCCGGGCUCCAUGGCAGCAGCAGUGCGAGGCAGUGAGUGGUCAUGUGGACGCUGCACCUUCCUAAAUGCCGGUGCGGCGCCCCGCUGUUCCAUCUGCGAAGCGCCGCGACAGAAACCGGAUCUUAACCAGAUCUUGCGACUGAGCAGCACCGAGGAGCACCGUUGGGCCUGCCCCCGCUGUACGCUCAACAACCCCCAGGGAUCGGGAGCCUGCUCGGUCUGUGGCUUCGGCCCGUCCCCCGCCACUCACACGCCCCCUACCACAACCAUCGCCGCUACUGCCAAUGGCCUCGCCCCCGCUUCCACAGAAAGCCCCACGCCUACCCUCAUCCCCACGGUUCUGCUUGAGCCCCACGGGCAGCAUCCCACCAAGGAGGAGGUUUUACGGCGGUCUGAGAGUAACGGAGAUGUGUGUGGUUUGGAGGUGCUGCGCUCCGGCUGGGCUUGUCCUCGUUGCACGCUUCACAACACCCCCGUGGCGCUCUCAUGCUCAGCCUGCGGUGGACCCAGAAAACUGUCUUUGCCUAAAAUCCCCCCCGAGGCCCUGGUUGUGCCUGAGGUCCGUACACCUGUGUCAGGUUUUCCCGUUCAUACAAGUGGGUCCACCCCGCUGCUCAUCGACCUAACAGAUGACUCUCCUCCGGCCCCUCCCUGUGACCCACAAGAACCUCCUCAUGUCCCGCCACAGGCCCUCUCCUCCCCCUUUGCUUCUUUCUCUUCUCUCCAAAACAAUCCUGUGCCCCGCAGCAGGAGAGAGGUGCCACCCCCCGGGCGCCCACCAAACCAAGGCACCAACACCCCCAGCCCCACUUCGCCGUCAACAACCAGUGUGCCCCCACAGCCCGGCCCGCAGCGGCCAGCCAAGCCUAAACACGCCCAACCCCAGGAACCUUCGUACCCCAGCAAGCGCCUCAGUAUCUUGGAGGAAGAAGACCCCCACCCGCUGACCCCUCACCUUCCCGUUGCCUCCUCAGGAGCCCCUACCUGGAAGUGCCCUAGCUGCUCCUUGCCCAACCAAGGAGGCUCGUCGAAGUGCGAGGCCUGCCGGUCGUCGCGUGUCGGUGCUGACCUCAUUGACCUGGUUGGCUGUGAGACGGUACGAUUUACUCCGGCCAGCCCCUCCAGCCCGGACUUCAGCACCUGGGCCUGCUCCAAGUGCACCCUGCGCAACCCCACGGGCGCACCCAAGUGCUCCGCCUGCGGUUCUUCCAAACUGCAUGGCUUUCAAGAGCAGCCAGUGCCCUUGCCCCGUCUUUGUACACACUGUGGCCUCCCCGUGGGGCCAGGCCCUGCAUCUUGCUCCUGUACGCCCUCCUCCUCCUCCUCCUCAUCUUCCUCAGGUCAUAAAACGAGAAAGCCGGCCCGGGGCUACCCUCCCGCCUCCUCCUCGUCUGGAGCCUCGUCUUCAUCCAGCCUUCAGGAGAAGGUGGGCCAGUGGAGCUGCCCCGCAUGUACGCUGCUCAAUGACAUCAAGGCCAAGAACUGUGCAGCGUGCCACACACCACAGCAGUACCUCACCCUUCGCAAGGUGGUUAAACCUCUGAAGAGGAGGGAGAGCAUGCAUGUCGAGGCACGUCGGCGGAACGAUGAGGGCGAGGCCAAGGAGCUCUGGGAGAACAUCGUCAGCUUCUGCAGAGAGAAUUCCGUGAACUUUGUGGAUGACAGCUUCCCCCCCGGACCUCGCUCCGUGGGCUUCCCCGAGGGCGACAGCGUCCAGCAGCGCAUCAAAAAGUGGCUGCGCCCCCACGAGAUCAACUGCAGCAACUUCAAAGACCGAGGCGUCAAGUGGUCCGUCUUCCGCACGCCGCGGCCGUCCGACAUCCUGCAAGGCCUCCUCGGAAACUGUUGGUUCCUGAGCGCGCUGGCGGUGUUGGCGGAGCGUCCGGAGCUGGUGGAGCGGGUGAUGAUCACCAGGACCAUUUGCCAGGAGGGCGCCUACCAGGUGCGGUUAUGUAAAGACGGGACGUGGACGACGGUGCUGGUGGACGACAUGCUGCCCUGCGACGACUACGGCUACCUCCUCUUUUCUCAGGCCCAGAGGAAGCAGCUCUGGGUGGCGCUGAUCGAGAAGGCCCUGGCCAAACUCCACGGGUCCUACUUCGCCCUGCAGGCGGGGCGCGCCAUCGAGGGCCUGGCCACGCUGACGGGGGCUCCCUGCGACUCCCUCAUGCUCCAGGUCAGCUCCACCAACCCCAGAGAGGAGCCCAUCGACACAGACCUCAUCUGGGCCAAGAUGCUGAGCUCCAAAGAGGCCGGGUUUCUGAUGGGCGCGUCUUGUGGAGGAGGCAACAUGAAGGUCGACGAUGUGGUUUAUGAGUCUUUGGGUCUGAGGCCUCGCCACGCCUAUUCAAUCCUGGAUGUCCGGGACGUACAGGGUUACAGGUUGCUGCGCCUGCGGAAUCCGUGGGGCCGCUUCUCGUGGAACGGCAGCUGGUCAGACGAGUGGACGGACUGGCCGCAGCACCUCCGCCACGAGCUGAUGGCCCAUGGGAGCAGCGAGGGGGUCUUCUGGAUGGAGUACACCGACUUCAUAAAGUACUUUGACUCCGUGGACAUCUGUAAGAUCCACUCAGACUGGCAGGAGGUGAGGCUACAGGGAUGCUUCCCCAGCAAAGCCAACGGGCCGGUCACGGUCACAGCGCUCACGGUGCUGGAGAGGACGGCGCUGGAGUUCGCUCUCUUCCAAGAAGGAAGCAGACGCUCGGACACGGCCGACAGCCACCUGCUGGACCUCUGCAUCAUGGUGUUCCGCGCCUCCUUCGGCAGCGGGAACAAGCUCACCCUGGGCCGGCUGCUGGCUCACAGCAAGCGCGCCGUCAAGAAGUUCGUGGGCUGCGACGUCAUGCUGGAGCCGGGGGAGUACGCCGUCGUCUGCUGCGCCUUCAACCACUGGCAGAUGAACAUCAGCAGCUCCGGAGGGCCGCCCACGCCCAUCUCGAGCCCCACCAGCGGCGCCGCCCGGCGGCCGAGCCAGGACUUCCCGGGCUACAUCCUGGCCAUCUACAGCUCCCGACAGGUGAUGGUGGAGCAGGUGGAGGCGACCGCCACCACGCUGGCCGACGCCAUCAUUCUGCUGACGGAGAACAAAGGCGAAAGACACGAGGGCCGCGAGGGCAUGACCUGCUACUACCUGACCCACGGCUGGGCGGGGCUCAUCGUGGUGGUGGAGAACCGCCACCCCAAGUACUACCUCCACGUCUCCUGCGACUGCACCGACAGCUUCAACGUGGUGUCGACGCGCGGCAGCCUGAAGACCAUCGACAGCGUCCCGCCGCUGCACAGGCAGGUGCUGGUGGUGCUUUCUCAGCUGGAGGGCAACGCCGGCUUCUCCAUCACCCACCGCCUGGCGCACCGCAAGGCGGUGCAGGCCUCCCUGGGCGACUGGACCACCACCAAGGCCACCCACAGCCCGCAGCUCACCCCGGACAUCGACGGCCUGCACCGGCCGCGGCCGCUAUGACCACCGCCCGCCUCCCCCCGCGCGCACGGACUUCAGACCAAUGAACCGUCAGACCACUGGAGCGCCAGGCGAGGCUGAGCGGCAGGAGCACGGAGAACCCCCGUGCGUCUGUGAGUCUUUCUGCGUCUACACAUGAAUGUAAAAGCAGAAGUGGGCGGCGGCGGCUCGCUCCCCUCUCUCCGUGCUUUUCCAUCUGUCCCCCCCCCCCCCCCCCCCCCGCCAAACGGAUGUGCCAUGCCAGGAUGAAAUGAGGGAACUUGGUCACAAAAACUUAAGUUUUGGACUUUAAAGACGGAUUCCGGUAGCUGGUAGUGAGCGCUGUAUGUGAAGCAGACGUCAGCCCCGGAGUCAACCCUGCUUUCACUGAGCUUCAAAAAUGGAGGAAAAAAAAAAAAAGAGAGGAAAAGCCAGGGUGGAGUGCUGAAACUACUGAGCCAUACGCCGGCCUACAACCAAUGAGCCAAUCACACCACCCCUCCUCCACCCUCAGAGACAGCUGACUGAGGGCGACUUCCUCCCCUCAUCCUCAGAACGGUACCUUUUGAGCCAAACCCAUCUCAUUCUACCCGUAUCGAUACGUGUUUUUAUUCGUCUUGGAGAGCAAACACACGUCGGUAUAAGUCUUAUUUGUUUUAUAUCCAUCCCGUGUUGAUUUAUUUUUUGUCCAUAUUUGUGUUUUUGAGGUCGUAGAAAAAGCCAUCACCCACAUCGUGCUGUGUGUCGGCCGUCGCCGCAGUGCUCUCGGGCACUCUCUCUAGCUCAGGACCAAACCAUUUCCACGUGUAGCCUGGCGGAGGCGAGUCUUAACGCCGGAGGAGCGUCUCUCUCUUCUUCUUGGGGACGUGUCUGUUUGGCUUCACUGUGACGUUGCGGAGGGGCCGGCGCUCCUGGGAUACGGGGUUGGGGAACCGCCGCUUUAAGAGACGCCACGUCCCGCCGCCGUGUUAUGACUGCGAGGCUUUAUCUCCCGAACCCUGAGACAUAAUACAAAUCCCGCCGCGGCGCUUAAGAUAGAACAACUUUUAAUUUAGUUCUUUUCCCCGCAGAUAAUCGCGCGGCGCACCUCCUUCCUCGUGCUUAUUCUAAUUCCUCCCGCUCGGUUCGCAGCCCCGGCGCUGGAGGCGAGUCGUCGCACGAUCAACUUUACAGCUUGACCCUCAGGCACGCCGGCUUUUCUCCUUCACUUCAAACCUCCGUUUAUGUCUUCACACAUAAAUUAACGCUGAGGGAGCCACUUUCCCUCCUCCAGUUCUUACAUCUCGCUGCGUCUCACACUCGUUCGGAGCGCCCCGCGAUCCACGUCUGAUCUUUCCCCGGUACGGAACGCCAGUUAACUUUCUUUUUCCUCUCGCAGUUUUUUGUCAGUUGUGUCAGUUUUUAAACUUGAGUGUGCUUACGGAGUGCGGGUGGAGCCGGUGGCUGUUUGCACAGUCGAUUUGCCACAGGGGAGCUCUUCAGACGGGCCGGCGAGUUUACUUUGGGAGGUCCGGGACCACUUCUUGUUUGUUCGGGUGCGGCGCGAGCGUCUGGGCCGUCCUCCCCCAAGAAUACACCGACAGCAUGCUGGCGACAAACACAGGCGUCCUCCAGAAAUAACAAAUUACCGUUUCGUCUUGACUUGGUGUGCACAUAAUGAGAGAACAGACCCCUGAGAUAUGUUGUGACACAAAAAAAGAGAAAACUUUAGUCUCAUAUGUUGCCUACAGCUGUUUUUUUUUUUUUUCAACAUGGAUCCUCAUUUAGCUCCGCCCACUUGUUCUUCUCCCAUUUCUUCACUGUCAAAGCCAUCAGUCCUGUUUCGCAGUGGAGAUGUUGAUGUUUGAUCAGGGAAAUGUGGGAAGAUUAAAACGGUACUACAGCAACGGGAGGGAGCGGGAGACUUUCCUCUGCAAAAAGUUGACGUCUUACUCUUUGUAGUGAGAUUGGGAAAAAAAACUUGAAAGCUGAUAAGCAAAACCCCCUAAAGCGUGCAUGCGUUAGACGAUUGUGUAGCGGUAGGAUUUUUUUUUGUUGUUGUUUUGGAUUCGGAGUCAGUUUAGAUGGAAUCUCCUGAAGGAGCUGAGUCACAGCGACCCGAAGCUGAAGUGACUGUAAAUAUGUUUUCCAAAGAAACAUACAUGUGUUAAUGACCACUUUGUGCUGUGAGCGCGUGCGUGUGUGUUUAUGUGUGUGUGUGUGUGUGUGUGUGUGUGUGUGUGUGUGUGUGUGUGUGUGUGUGUGUGUCACAGCUUGACAGCUGUGAACUCAGUGUCUAAUUUAUUUGUACAAGUGAUUCGCAGGCCUGUGUUUUUGUUUGUUUGUUUGUUUGCUUUUGUUUUUUUAUGAAUGCUGUUGCGUACUGAGCUGACGACUGACAGAAAAAGGAAUGUGAUGAUCUGCGGCUUCAGUUCUGAGCCCAGACGGAUUCACUCGACAGGAAGCCGACCCGCACUGGAACACCUGCAAACUGAAGUGUCACUGCUGGAUGAAUUUACAUUGACAUGAGAUUUAUUUUUUUUUCCUUUAAAGUCGUGUCUUUCUUUGUCAUGUCAUUGUCAUUUUUUUUUUUUUUUUCUUACGGGCUCUUGUUGGUGUUCUACAAACCCCCCCCCUCCUCCUCUCUUCUGUGCUUCAGCGGCGCCCCCUGCUGCUAAACACUCAACAGCCCAGAAAAGAGGCGACUCGCCGCCUCCCCGCUCCUCUUUCUGUGUCCUGAUCCCCUCCUUGUAAAUUGUACAUUCUGCAGACUUAAGUCACGCAAAAGAUGAAAGAAUUAAAAGAAAUCAAGUGACCCUUUUGAACUUGUAAACACGAUGAAAAUAUGAUAACAGAAAUAAACAUGAAAUAACCCAAUGCUGAAAAAAAAAAAUGACGAAUGUGAUAUACAUAUAUAAAUAUAUAUAUUUUAAUGAUCUUUUUUGGCGAAGGGGGCAGGGUAUAGGUAUAUGUGUACAAACAUAUGUAUGUUUAAUUUUCAAUCUCAGGUUCCAGUGGACCAAAUAAAUUUUUUUAAAUUAA